AUGAAGAAAACUACUCACAAGGUUGCUGAAAACUCUUCGACAGCCCACUGCCGGUUUCGCCCUUCUUGGGGCUCAUCAAGUCCCCGAGUUUUCAUCAACCUUAUGUUCUACCCUACCCUUGACUGCUGUAAGAUACUUGGCUGUACUACUAUCUACACAGUACGUCAUACCCCGCCCCCCUCAAAAAAAAACGGAUUGUCCUACAGCGCUAUGGCUCAAGGGUUAGAGCGUAAAUUUACUGACUGGAAGGUUAGUGCAUCGAAUCCGACUUCUACAUUUCGGCUUCCUCUGUCUAGGCUUGGGCAACCUAGUAGUUUCCCAUCCCCCGUGAUUCCUUCCAGUGGAAUGGCAGUUAGGCACCGAAAUGGUGCAUAA